AUGCCGGGAGCAUGGGGGCAGGCCGUAAGUAAAAAGUGUGUAAGAGUCCAGUUUGAAAGAAUUCAGAGAGUGUUUUUACAAAGGAUAUGUAAGGCGUACAGAACCGCAUCGCUACACUCGGUUCAAAUCCUCACGGGAAUCCUUCCCAUUAACCUGAGGAUUGAGGAGGCGGCGGUUCUGUACAGGGUGAAAAGAGGUCUCAGCCCCCUUCCGUAUCUCGACGCGGACAUUGAGACCAGAGCCAGACCGAGCGAACUCCCACACCCUGCUGACGAGCCGCGUCUAGCCUUUGACCAUUACAGCCCAGAGCUUGGACUUGACCAACAGGCAGACGCGACAAACAUAUACACCGACGGCAGUAAGACGGAUGACGGGGUGGGCGCCGCAGUGGUAAUGCGGAGACUCGACAAAGAACUCAAGACUGUCAAAAUAAAACUGGCGACUUACUGUACGGUCUUCCAGGCCGAAAUGGUGGCGCUGCAUAAGGCUGUGCAACUGGCAACGAAAGUUGCCAGCCCAAAGGUAAACCUGUGCAGCGACUCCAGGUCGGCCUUGGAUGACAUAGUGAGCGGUCGCUCCCUCAGUCCCCUCGUUGUGCACAUUAGAGAGACCCUUGGGAGCCUCUCCAACCACAAGGAGGUGAGGCUCUACUGGAUUAAAGCACACGUGGGUCACGAGGGGAAUGAGAGAGCCGACCAGCUCGCUAAGGAGGCCGCACAUGACAAAAAGAGAAAACCCGACUAUGACAGAUGUCCAGUCUCAAAAAUAAAAAGACUGUUGAGAACCGACUCGAUUCGGCGGUGGGAGGAGGAAUAUGGAGUUGGAACAACGGCUUCUACGACCAGGUUCUUCCUCCCAACCGUCUUAUCUGCCCUUAAGGCAAUGAGAGAGGUGGGGCUGGACAGCGAGCUAACACAGGCCCUAACGGGCCAUGGUGGGUUUGCCGCUUACCUCCACAGAUUUAAAUUAAAAGAUGACCCUACUUGCAUCUGUGGGGAAGGCGACGAAACUGUACUGCACCUGUUAGCCCGCUGUCCAGUUCACGCGCGGGAUAGAGCGGAAUUAGAAAUGAGACUGGACAUAAACUUGACUGAAAACAGCCUGUCGGAAAUAUUCUCCAGCAAUAAAGCGAGGCCAAAAUUAGUAAAAUAUAUUAAGAAAAUUGUGCGUAAGGCAAACGCCAGGAAUAAAUAA